AUGACAGAAAUCCUGUCUUCCUGUUCACUCGUGGCUAGAGGACGUUGGUGUCACAGAGGAGAGGGGCUCUUACACCGUUUUUAUUUUCACUAAAGCAACAAAACCAAGGAACAAACAAGAAUGUUUGCCCGUGCCGUGAGACCGACCGUGAGCCUGGCUCGGAGCCUGUCCACCUCUUCGCAGAACAACGCUAAGGUGGCGGUGCUGGGAGCGUCAGGCGGCAUAGGCCAGCCGCUUUCUCUGCUUCUCAAGAACAGCCCCCUGGUGAGUCACCUCUCCCUGUAUGAUAUCGCUCACACUCCCGGGGUGGCUGCAGACCUGGGCCACAUCGAGACAAGGGCCCAGGUGACCGGACACAUGGGUCCCGACCAGCUCGAUGCUGCUCUGCAGGGCUGCGAAGUCGUGGUCAUCCCCGCCGGUGUGCCCAGGAAACCCGGUAUGACCCGUGAUGAUCUCUUUAACACCAAUGCCACCAUUGUUGCCACCUUGGCCGAUGCCUGCGCCCGCAACUGCCCCGAGGCUAUGAUCUGCGUUAUCGCCAACCCAGUCAACUCCACUAUCCCUAUUACAUCAGAGGUCAUGAAGAAGUAUGGAGUCUACAACCCCAACAGGGUGUUUGGUGUCACAACCUUGGACAUUGUCAGAGCAAACGCCUUUGUGGCAGAGCUUAAAGGCCUUGACCCAGCUCGUGUCAAUGUUCCAGUCAUUGGAGGUCAUGCUGGGAAGACCAUUAUCCCCCUGAUUUCCCAGUGCACACCCAAAGUGGAGUUCCCUGCUGACCAGUUGUCUGCUCUGACUGGAAGGAUCCAGGAGGCCGGCACAGAGGUGGUGAAGGCUAAGGCCGGAGCUGGAUCUGCUACCCUCUCCAUGGCCUAUGCAGGUGCCAGAUUCACCUUCUCCAUCCUGGACGCCAUGAAUGGAAAGGAAGGUGUGGUGGAAUGUGGCUACGUCAGGUCUGAGGAGACAGACUGCAAGUACUUCUCCACACCUCUUCUGCUGGGGAAGAAUGGCAUUGAGAAGAACCUUGGGCUGGGCAAGCUGACUGCCUUCGAGGAGAAGCUGGUCGCUGAGGCCAUGGAUGAGCUGAAGGCUUCCAUCAAGAAGGGCGAGGAUUUUGUGGCUAAAAUGAAGUGAACAUUUAGUCAAUUGUAAACAAACAGCAGCUGUGAUUGAAAAGUUGUUCUGUCUUAACGUAAAGGGCAUCUGGCUACAUCCCAAGAUCUGUCACAGUGUUUCCCGUUUGUUUUUGUUUCAGCAGCAGGGUUAUUUUGAUUCAGAAAAAAAUGGUUUUAACCAAGGUCAUCUUUCCUAUGUAUCAUUUCACUCAACUGCCGAAGCAUGGCGUUAUCUUGCACUUAUGAUUUGUGUACAUACUGUACUGUGACUUAUCUAUAUUUUGCAAAUGUCAAAUUAAACAAAAAUGCUAUAUUUUCAUGUACAGCCUGUUUUUAAGGGGGAUUUCUCUGCUUAAUGAACGAGGAAAUACUGUCAUCAUGCCUGUUGAUGCAAAUAAAUGUGACUGAUGAGCAAAAUACGUACUCCACCAAUAAACAAUUUAGCUUUAAAA